UCAAGAGGGCCCCCCCCCCCCCCCCCCCGCAUCCCGCUUCCGCCCGUACUGUAGGGUGGUCAAGAGGAAGGAUACCCGAGGAGUCAAGAUGGGAGUAGACAUCGAGACCAUAACUCCGGGCGAUGGACGGACAUUCCCGAAGAAGGGGCAGCGCGUCGUGGUGCACUAUGUCGGCACACUGGCAGACGGGAAAGUGUUUGAUUCUUCGCGGUCCCGGGGGAAGCCUUUCAAAUUCAAGAUCGGACACCAGGAGGUUAUUCGUGGUUGGGAAGAAGGAGUAGCGCAGAUGAGUGUAGGUCAGCGUGCGAAGCUGAUUUGCUCAGCAGACUUUGCCUACGGCAGCAAAGGGCACCCAGGGAUCAUCCCUCCAAACGCCACUCUCACCUUCGAUGUGGAGCUCAUCAGCCUGGAAGCCUGAAACUUGUGCACUCACUUUGUUAAAUUCCACUCAAAUUUUCAGGGUCGACUCCUAUCACGGGAACAUGGUAUGAUGACCCAUGAUUACAGAUUCCUGCCCUUGAACCCUGCAUAGGACCUAUGUCUAUAUCUUCACUAGUUCACUCUCCUUUACAUUUAGAUACAAAUUGUGUUUGUCACUUGUUUUAAAACUUUAUACCCUGUGCUAUUUAGGUUCCAUAAUGUAAUAAGUCAUAGGGCAUCCCAUGUUUUUUGUCAUAUUCUGCUAUGUAUUUUUUGGUGAUGUUUUUUUAUCUCUUAAAAAUUUACAAAUUUUGUCUGCCACUCGGACCAGGUUUUAGAUAAAGGUCAUAAGUAUUAAAUCAAUCUCAUUCCUGUGGCUGUGGCCUUUACACUAAAAUUCUAUUGAUUGUGGCUAAUUGUCUUGAUGAAAAUAAGAAUAAAUUGUUUGACACAAUAUUUCUAUGAAUUACCUUUUGUGAUACUUGUUAUUGGGAUCUAUUGAAAGUACGAGAUACACUAGACCCAGGGAUUUAUGAAUCAAGCACAGCCUACAGGUUCUUAUUCUACCGUGCAGCAUCCGUUCUUUAUUUAAGAAAGUUACUAUUGCAGAAACACUCGCAACUGGACGUCUUUUGUUGACUGCAAAAUAACUGCAGAAUUUUUGGUUUCUGGAAAAAAGUUAGCUAAACUUGCAUGGUAAGUAAGAUCCACCUUUGUGCCUACAAACAUAAUUGUAGGCACAUCUUGUGGUUUGUGAUUAUCUUUGUUUGAAGGAGUUUGUACCAAGUUGCGGAUGUGUAAAAGGUCUGUUCCUUACUCUAAAAUCAUUAAAGGAGUAAUUUUAACACAAGUUUUCCUUUUCCUUCCCUUUCAGAUGAUGUCACUGUUAAAAUGUACUAAUAGUAUUUUGUGUUGUAUCAUCUUCAUUUAUUAAUUCAUUAUGACUAAGUAUUGCAAAACACUA